CCAACUGAACAUCUCCGCUGUCACUAACACCCAGCUCCUCCAUUGCUACCUCUCUUCGUCUGUUCCUCGGCGAUUUCACAUCAAGACCCUGCAUUUUAAACCUCGUCUCAGGUCUUCACAUUGGUAUUUUAGUUCUACUCGAGCGCGAAUGGAGGGCUCAAGGAAUAAAUCCUUUUUCCAAGACAUCAGAUCUAGGGAGCUCAACGGAUUCAGAGUGAAAAAGAGACCAUUUGAAAGUACCGAGUCCGCACAGUUCAGUGAAUUAGGAGCUGUCUCGGUUGAGCAUGAUGGUCAGACAUCACCCCCCAUGGCUCUCUCUUUCUGCAAGACAAGCAGAAAUUGCCAUAUAAUUGCUGUUUCUGAUGAGGGUGGUUAUAUUAGCUUGUAUAAUACACGCUCCAAGUUUCUGUCUUCUUCCACUAACCAGGGAAAUGCAGAACGGGCAAAGAUUUCUGAAUGGGUUGCACAUGAAAAUGCUAUAUUCGACAUAUGUUGGAUCCAGGAAGACAGCAACAUAGUAACAGCUUCAGGUGAUCAAAGUAUAAAAGUAUGGGAUGCAAAGGAACAGAAAUGUGUAAGUGCAUUGAUGGGCCACACUGGAAGUGUGAAAUCUCUUUGUGUUCAUCCUACAAAUCACAAUGUAAUUGUAUCUGGCUCACGAGAUGGGUCUUUUGCUCUAUGGGAUUUGAGGUGCAAUAACAACAGUAACCAGAGACUUUGUAAACCGCCAAUUGCUAUGGUGCGUCAGGCUCAUGCUUCUCCUUCUCAAAGGAGGAGCAGACAUAAAAAGGCUUCUUCUAUGAGCAUCACCUCUGUUUUGCAUUUAAAAGAUGAGAUUUCCAUUGCUACUGCAGGAGCAGUUGACAGUAUAAUAAAGUUAUGGGACACAAGGAAUCUGAAAUCUCCUUUCAGUCAAGCAUGCCCUCAUCCAGAUGUAUCAGCUGAGAAGCAAAGAAAGCUGCAUGGCAUAUCUAGUUUAUCUCAAGAUUUAAAUGGAGUGUUUAUCUCUGCAACUUGCAUGGACAGCAGAAUAUACCUAUAUAACGUACUUCAGCCAGAGCGAGGGCCAGUGAAGAGCUUCUCCGGAUGCCGAAUCAAUUCAUUCUUUGUGAAGUCAUCAAUAAGCCCUGAUGCAGCACACAUCUUAAGUGGCUCUAGUGAUGGGAAUGCAUACAUAUGGCAGAUAAGGAAUCCUCAAGCAGAUCCCAUUAUAUUGAGUAGUCAUGAAGGAGAAGUUACUGUGGUAGAUUGGUGCCCAUCUGAGACUGGGAAAAUAGCAACAGCAUCAGAUGAUUUCACGGUAAGAUAGGUAGAGAUGUAAACAAAUGAAGUAUAUUCAACCAUGUUAUAAGUUUUGCACAAUCAGUAAAAAAUGAUUACCAUUUGGCAUUCCCUACUUAUAUUUUCCCAGGCCCGCAUUUGGAAUAUCCAAAGCAGUUGUUACUCCAACACAAGAUCUCCUUCAUCCAUUCGAAGGAGAAUAAUGGCACCAUCAGGUGCUGAAUGUCGGAAGCUGAAACUGUUUCCUGAUGAAAAAACAGAUUGCACCAGAAAUGAUCUCGACGCUUGCCAUUUAGAUGUAGUGACAUGCGAUUUCAAUUCCCCUCGUGGGAUAGUUGGUGUCUCAGAAAUAUGUACUCCAGAGUCUCAGAAAAGGAAGUAUUUGGCAUUGGAUUAUGAGAUAAAAGACAACAUGGAAAAAACUCCAGAAGCUUCAACCAGGAGCCCUUCUUCUGUUCUGAAUCUCCCAUCUUCUCUAAAGAAGAAAACAAUCAGGGAUUACUUUCUUACAACCCCAUCGUCCUCAUUCUAAUUCUACCGGUUGCGUUACAUGUAAAAAAAGCGAUUCAAGUCUGCUUAUUUUUUGUAUCACACACUCCUGAAUGGCAGAUUAGCACUGUAAUAUAUUAACCCAAGGUUUUGGAAGAUCCACUUCUAUUCAGUUUUAGAUUGGAAACAAGGACUCUAGUUUUAGAUUUUCAUAGUUGUAUAGAUUAUGUUGAGUUGGAUCAAUCCAUACAGUUGGAAAAUGAAAGAUUGGAUUGGAAGUUGGGAAGACUUGACGUACAGACUAAAACCUAAAUAUUCAAACAAUGAAAAAUUUGGGGCACUUUCCAUAUCACCCUGUUUUCGAUUUUUAGUUUUAUGCUUAUAAAAGUUGUGGGGUAUAUAAUAUAAGUUGUCUAAUAAACCAAAAAGUAUUCAUACUUAUCUAAUGUAAGAUUAGUUUUUUUUUUUAUUUUGUUUACAUGAUAUUGCUUUUGGUUUUCAAAAUGCAGAAAACCAAAAAUAUGAAUUGAUAUUGAACAUGCUCUUAGCUAAACGAUUGCCUUGUUUGUGAUAAGAAGUUUUGAGUUUGGUUGUGAAUUAGUAUGUUGACACAGUGGUUUGAAGCCCAUUUGGUAAAAUCUAAAACUAUGUGUGUUGAGAUUUGAGAAGGCGCAACAGCAGAAGUACAAAACAAUUCCAUCUCUUGGUCUCAUAUGGUCUGCUUCAUUAUUUCCCCUUUUGUGGAUAGACAUUAAACUUCUCUAGUUUUUUUAAUCUUUUCUUUAUUCUAAAGUACAAGGUAUGAAUUUUAACUUCUUUGCAAUAAGCUUACCUAACUUAAUAAGAAAUCUAUUUUUUAAAAUUACAUAUAACUAAGAGUUAAAAUUAUAAAAAACGUUCAAAUAUAACACCUUGUUCCCAAAUAGGUAUACCAUUAUUGACCAUGUGUUUGAUAACAUACGUGGACCAUACAUUUUUGCACCUUGAGUGGACUUCCAUCAUCCAGGUAGUGUGAUUGUGUGAAAUAGAUAAUAUAUUAAUGAAUCUUGGUUCAAGAGCAAUUGAACUUCACAGUUCUCUCAAACAUAUUAGUUGGGAAUAGAUUAUGAUUCGGAAAUUUCCGAAAUAUAAGUAAAAAGAAUGCGAUUCUUCAAAAUAUUACGUUUCCCUCCAAAAUACAAGUAAAUUAUUGCAAUCCUCAAAUCAGACUGCAAUUUUGGUGUUACCUAAUAUUAAUACGUCAGUGCUAAAUUUGGGGAAAACAUCGUACCCCGUUAUGGAGUUUAACAUUGUUUUUAUUCCAUUUUAGGGAAUUUCGAUUUAACAAUGGUUAAUAGAGUAACAAACAACAAAAUAAUUUGAGUGUAAUCUACAAUUUUAGAUCAAUGAGAUUUCAUCUAUCACGUUAAUGCGUAUGGGAGAAGGUUUUGACUAUUUGUAUUUGAAUGUUUUGUGUUGAUGAAGUUGAGUUGUUCACUUGUUCAUAUCAUCCAUCGAUCAACUUGUGCAGUUUUAUGUUGGCUGGUAGAGAACUUUAGUUUUCAUCAUCUUCCGUGGACGUAAUUAUCGUAACAUAAUGUACAGAGAAGCACACACAGAAUUUGCACAGAAUUUCAUUUCAUGAAAAAAUCAGAAGUAAGUCAAUCAUAAGUAAAUUGAAAUAAUUCAGGACUGAUGAUGUGAUUGAAAUCCUGGAUUUUGUGGUUGAAUGAAGGACAAAUUCGGACCAUUUCCAUAAUUAAGAAGAAUUGAGAAAGAUGUUUCUCUAAACAAUUAGCGUUUAAAAAAACAGUGUUUUUUUUUUAAAAUUGUGUCUCUAAGAUUAGUUUUCCUUUUUUUCUUUUCGUGAGAUUUUGUGAAGGAAAAUAGUGUCUUUUUUUUAAAAAAGACUAUGGAGUACAAUAUUAGUAAAUUAUUGUACUCCGUAACAUUGUGAAAUUUUUUUCUAGCAACAUUGUGAAAUUUCAUAACGCAAUGUCGUAAUCUAUUGCAUUUUACAUUUAGUUGUGUACUAAUAUGCAAUAAUUUCUAAAUUUAAACAUGUAGAUUUAGAACUCGUUUGGUGACUUUGUUUUUUCGGCUUAUCAAUCUUAUCAGUCAUUUUUUCACCAAACUUGUAAUUUUUUAUUGGAAAAAUUGAUAGUAAUAAUCCCAACUAUUGGCGGUCCGCUUAUAAUAAUCCCAACUAUUGAUUAUUUCAGAAUAAUCCCAACUUUAGGGACCUUCUGCCAAUAAUGGUCCCUAAGAAUAAAUUCUUGUAGUUUCUAAAGUGCAUGAGAAGAGAUAUAGCAAGUAAUGCCUAUAAAUAAUCCCACCUUUUAAUUUUUACACUUAAUUUCUAUUUAAAAUUCACUUUUUAUAGGAGUUAAAUCUGAUCAUGGACCAUUAUUGGCGGAUGGUCCCUAAAGUUGGGAUUAUUCUGAAAUAAUCAAUAGUUGGGAUUAUUAUAAGCGGACCGCCAAUAGUUGGGAUUAUUACUAUCAAUUUUUCCUUUUUUAUUUCGCGUGUUGAGUUGUGUAAUGAUAAAAAUAAAUAAGGUUAUUGUAAUUAAUUUUCUGACUGAGUUGACUGAAGUUACUGUAGAUGAUCAUUUUAGCUAUUUUUUCAUAUAUAUAAUUUUCUUUAUUUUUAUUAAUAGAAUAUAUUUUAUUUCCCCCCCAUAUUUCAGCAAUUUACGCACUACUUUUUAUAAAUAAUUUACGCACUACUUUUUAUAAAUAAAAUCAGCUUGUCCCUCAACGUUGCAUAUUAUGGACUAUGGAGUACUAUGAAUAAUAAGUCUCAAUCACUUUUACUCGACUAGUCGCUUUGAUUUUUGCUUAGGGGUGUUUGGAACUGAUUCUGAUUCUGCUUUUUUUUUUUAUUAAAAGCAGAAGCAGAAUCAGAAUCAGUUUUCAGAAGCUGGUACCCCCCAGCUUCUAAAAAAACUGAUUCUGAGAGUAAAUUAGAGCUCCAGAAGUGCUUCUGGAAUUUCACCCAAACACUCCAGCUUCUGCUUCUGCUCUCUGAAGGAGCAGAAUCAGUUCUGAGAAUCAGAUCCAAACACCCCCUUAAUCUAUUAAAAAAUGGGUCAUUCUUAGUGUACACAUACAAUUAGGAGGGUUUUGACACUAAAUUAUGCACCCUUUAAAUGAAUUGUCUGUGCACAGACAAUUAGAGAGGUUUUGUGUACACUUUGCGUAUAACUCAUGUACACUAAGAAUUUUUGUUAAAAAAUUGCUCUAACUAUCACGAGUGAUAUGUUCUUUCGUAAAUAGGAAUAAGUAAGAAAAAUGCGUGAUCAACACGUUUUUUGUGUACACCUUUCAUACAUUUAUCUGUCUCGCGCACACAGAAUUGUCUGUACACAGACAACUCUAUAGGGCCCUGUUGAGUUGUCUGUGUAUAGACAAUUCUGUGUGCGUUAGAUAGACAAGUGUACGAAAGGUGUACACCAAAAAGUGUACACCAAGCAUGUUUCAAUAAGUAAUGUCAUCUUAAGAUUACACUCUUACUAAUUAAAUUGAAAAUUUGACAUAUACCCGUAUAUACUCCGUAACGUGUAUCCAUCUAUGAUUUUAGCAGAGUGCGCAAUAGACUCGAGCUCCAACCGAAUCAAAUACUACUAAUGCUUAAGCUCGACUCAAUUACGUAUUCAAACUUAAAACUCAACGGGUGUAUGUCUGAGUUCAAAGCUCAUUGUAUUCACCUCAAUAGGUUCAAAACUAUGCUCAAAUAGUUCAAAAAAAGCUCGGUUCAUGAACAUGCGCGCAAUAGAUAGAAUGUAUAUAUAAUCUUGUGCAAAGUCGG